GUGCGGCUUUUUCGCUCCUGUGGUUAUUGAUAGCGACAUGGCGGUAACUCCGGCAGGGAUCGCUGUAGAUGUUCAGGCUCGAUUCGGGCACUCGGUGAAAGGACUGCUGACCGAGAAGGUGACCAACUGCGGUACGGAUAUAAUCGCCCUCACCAAACAGGUGCUGAAGGGCUCCCGGAGCGCUGAGUUCCUAGGACAGGCUGCCAGAAAUAUGGUGAUGCAAGAGGGUGCCAUUCUGCACUCUGAAGAUAGUUUAAGAAAAAUGGCUAUUAUAACUACUCACCUACAGUAUCAGCAAGAAGCUAUUCAAAAAAACGUUGAACAGUCUUCAAAUUUGCGUGAUCAACUGAGCCACCUGCUGAAAUGAAAAGUAUAUAAGCGAUUAAAGAACAGCUAGAAAAGGAUGGAAGAAAACUCACAGUGGGGGUUUAUGGAAUACAUUUCCCUCUUCUGCAGAUGCACUGUGAGACUGAUUGAGUCAAAAGUCAUCUCCCAGAUGUAAUACCACAAAGUGUGUACUUUGUUUUAUAAGACUCUGAUCUGGAAAUGUGGGCAAUUUUUUAAUUAUAGAUGUUACCUUUGUAAAAGGCUAGGUGCAUCCUUGUAUUAAAUUACAGUUUCUGUGUAUUGAUGCUUAUUUUUCUUUAGUAGGACUGAUUUCUUUAGGAACUCACAUCUUUCUAAGUAAUCAAAUACAUAUUGUUCUGGUUUUGAGUACCUCAAGAGAUGAAUUUCUCAUCCUUUCAGUCUAUUUGAAAACUCAUAAAUUUAUAAUGUGGAUGUUUUUCACAGUAUAGACCUCUGAUCAUAUAGAACAUACAAAUCUGGGUGAAAUUCUUGCAUAUAUUAUUUACAUCUGUAAUAUUGACUGGAUUCGUACUGGUCAUUAAUUUGGUUUUGGCAACCAUGCCCUUGUGGGUAAUUCAACAAGCUAGUUAAAACAUAGCCUAGUAUAAUGUGGAAACCUAGCUGCUCCCUUGAAUAGCAUAACUCUUGGGGCAUGCUGCCUCCAACUAAUCAGUAAAACGUUUUCCACUAAUGUGGAAAAAGUUUUACCCUGUCCUGUAUAGUAUUGGUGGAGAAAUAAUCUGUGCAAGGUUUCUGGCAGCUACUGUGUGUGAAUAAUUUCUCGGCUUAAUAAUUCCAUCAUUGCUAAGAAGUGGGGGGUGGGGGGUACUUAACAAAUGUAACCUGCAAAAUCUAUUCACUGACAUUUUGUAAACCUCAGAGUGAAUAUCUAACUUCAAGGAAAAUGUAUGUUUUCAAGGUC